AUGUCUCUUUCUUAUCUCAAGUCGUUGAAAAAGGCCGAGCUGGCUGAGCUAGCCGAGCAAACCGACUUGCCAGACUACAAUGACUAUAACAAGACUGAUCUUGUCAUCCUACUGGAUAAACACUUGCGCGAAAAUCGCUCGAUAUUCAUCGGGCUCAAGAGCCUCUCUGAAUACUAUGUGCGUUUGGCCUCGCCACCCCGCAAAGGAUCGCCCGUGAAGCGCGAAGCCACAAGAACUCCCGCACGUCGCUCAGUAAAGGAGUUCAAGCAAGAAGAAAUUAGCGAGGAUGUGGAAAGUGUGCCCAGCCCAGUGGUGGUCAGCCCGACCCCAGCUGCGGUGCGCUCGAGCCCGCGUCAGACUGCGCGCCAGACCCCCCGCCAGACUCCUCGUCAGACAGUUCAUGCUGCCGUCGUGGAUCAGGAGCCCACGCUGCCCGCAUCACCGGCUAUCAUCACCGAGGUGAUUGAUGCCCAAACCACCAAACUGCGCGAGAGCAUCGAGGACGUAUGGACUUCAUCGGGCAUGGUUGAGCGAGCUCACUCCCUGCGCGCAUCGCUGAGCAGCCUGAAGGCCGUCGAGAUCAUUCUGCUCCUGCUUGAGAGCGGCAGUCUUACCAAAGAGCUGAUGCCUCUUCGCUACCUCACCACUACCCCGCCUGUGCAAGCUGCGCAAAUCCCUGCUAUUCCCAUCAGAGUCCCUGACCUGUUUGCGGUGCUCGAUGGAGCGUUCUGGGCUCCGUUUUCUCUGUGGUUCCUGACUUGUCUGCUUUUGCCUUUGAUUUCGGCCUACUUUAUCAACCCCAGCUGGCAGGCUUCUACCAAUGCGCGCCGCUCUCGGUCGGCGCCUAAACUUGCCCAGUUUGAUCCGUUGACUUUCAACAUCGUCAAGGCAUUGUUGGUGCACUGUGUCUUCGGCAACAACUUCAACUUCUUUGGUUUAUAUAGCGAUUUUGCUAUUCGGAAGGUUAUUGAAUCGGUUCCUGGUGCAAGUGCCGGUCUUUUGACUGGAACUGCCAUCGGCGGUAUUGGAGCUCUAUACGAGGCCAUCCUGCACCGUUCAUAA